CAUUACCUACGGGUAUCAGUGGCACUUACGUAUUGUCGUGGCCCGUGUUUACGACUAUGUAUUUCCCAGGCAUUCAGCCCAGUCAAGCUUCAUCCAAUUUCCUCCCCUGUAAUAAUCGAGCUCCCUUCUUGCUGCUAUUAAGAGUCGACCUAACUAGUUCUUCGGUCCAUUUCGGCUGCGUAGCAGUAAGUAUCUUAGUAGCCUAAGUACUGAAUAGUUGUCAGUCGUCAGACUGCGUUACCUUAGCCUUCUUCUAUAUUCCGCAGGCUUAUCUUCCGAACGAUUUCGAAAGGGGGAAAUGCAAAAAGUCAAAAAUACUAGUAACAUUGUCCAUUCUACAACUGCAAUAAACGAGCUCCCGUCGACACCAUAGUUACCGUCGCCAUAGUCGGAGAGAGCCUAGAAGCCUGUGGGCGCCCCCAGAGAGUCGGAGCUGUCGGGUGUGACUCCAUACUUCUCCUAAUCGGCGGUGUCGCGUCCCUCCGGUUGUCUGGGUAAGCUGCCACAGUAUUUUGUAUGUGUUCCUCUCGCUUUCGUGCUCCAACAUUUAGAUAGCGAUAACCAAGCCAGCGAAUUCCAAGGUUAAUGCAGUUUUCGGGAAGUCAAGCAAUUCCUCGAUUCGCUAUACUCAUUCGGGUCUUCCCUGCAUGUUACCCCAGCUUUUUUCCUUGGACAGGCAUACCGGCUGGAUUUCACUCUAUGCAUCUUGGAUCACUCAUUACAUCGUGCUACACCAUGCACGGAGUACUCCGCCCCAGGGAAUAACAUCAUAGUCUGCAGCUCGAAAUGAUGUAGACGGCUGGUGGUCGAAGGGAUAACCCAAAGACGAUAACCCUGCAGGCGCCCUAUCUUCACCCUGAUUCGUUCCAUUGCGGAUGUCCUGAUAAUCCAAGACUGAGAGUGUGCCUAGUACCUACUGUACGGUCUGCAUUGGCGAUCCGAGUAUAGCCAGGCAGCGGUCAGAUUGCUUUUUCAACAAACAACUCAUCACCAAGCCAGCCCUUCUGUGAAAAUUAAAAAUGGAGAUUUGUUCUGAAAAUUCGCCUGCAAUUUUUAAAAGAAUGACAGACCAUCGGCACUUCAAGAUAACUGUCGGACCUUCCGAGGGGAUUAGGCUUAGCCUGGAAGGAGUAACCAAAGGUACG